GAGGAGAAGCUGCAGUGACAUCUCCAAUUGGCCAUACAAGCAGGCUCCUAUUGGGAGAGUCUUCUGGGUUAAAGGGAAGGGAUCAGAAGCACACUUGAGCCCUCCUAGAUAUUGACUUCCAAGAAGAAGAGUAAGGCCUGAAGAGUCAUCAGAUUCAACAUUUCUUAGCUCCUGGAAAACCAGACAAUCCUGAAGGGAGUAUCCUUAGGUAGAAUUUCUCACAGCUCAAUGGCCUUUACAGCCUCCUUUACUGACCUCCAAGCAGAGGCCAGCUGCCCCCUCUGCUGGGAUUUCCUGACAGACCCAGUGACCAUUGACUGUGGCCACAACUUCUGUGGCUCCUGCAUCACACAGUGCUGGGAAGAUCUGCAGGACAUCCUCCCCUGUCCCAUCUGCCUCCACCACUGCCUUGACAGGAACUUGAAGAAAAACAGGCAGUUAUGUCACAUGACUGAUAUUGUAAAGCAACUUCCCACUAAUUGGAACAAGAGGAAAUGGCAGGAAGAGAAACCCCUGUGUGAGAAACACAGUCAGGUUCUGACUCUGUUCUGUGAGGAGGAUCUGGAGCUACUGUGUGCCCAGUGCCAAGUCUCCUCUGACCAUCGGGAUCACCACCUGAUGCCUCUUGAGCAGGCUGCAGCUACUCACAGGAAGAAGCUCAGAAGCUACAUUGAGCCUCUGAAGAAGCAAGUUGAAGAUGCUGAAAAAGGAUUAGAAAUCCAAGUAUCAAAAUCAUCUGAAUUGCGGGUAAAGGUGGAAAAUCAGAGGGAGGAAUUGUACUCUGAAUUUGAACAACUUAAGCAUUUUUUGGGAAAAGAACAGGAUAUAAUUAUUUUGAAAUUACAGACAGAACAGAUGUAUGCUGAAAAAAAACUAAGGGAAAACAAAGUAAAAUUCUUAGAGCACAUUUACACACUAAAAAAUCUAGUGAGUGAAAUAGCAGAGAAGUGUGUGCAGUCAGAACUGGAGUUCCUCACAGGAUCUGCUUCAGAUCUUACAAUCCAUAUGGUAACCACUGAAUGA